AUGAAUCUUUCAUUAUUAUUAUUUUUAAUAGGGAUAUUAGGUUUUAUAUUAAAUAGAAAAAAUAUAAUUCUAAUGAUAAUCACCAUAGAGAUUAUGUUACUAUCAGGAACCCUUUUAAUAUUAAUCAUGUCCUUUGGUUUUGAUGAUAAUGUACAUCAAACCUUUAGUAUUUAUAUCAUCUCAGAAUCUGUACUAGGUUUAAGUAUAUUAGUAGCAUAUUAUAGAUUAAGAGGAACAAUAUCUUUAAGAAGUUAA